AUGUCCUAUCUAUCUAUCUAUCUAUCUAUCUAUCUAUCUAUCUAUCUAUGGUGUGUCUUGCAUUGUUUCUUUCUCUCAGUGGUGUGUCUUGCAUUGUUUCUUUCUCUCAGUGGUGUGUCUUGCAUUGUUUCUUUCUCUCAGUGGUGUGUCUUGCAUUGUUUCUUUCUCUCAGUGGUGUGUCUUGCAUUGUUUCUUUCUCUCAGUGGUGUGUCUUGCAUUGUUUCUUUCUCUCAGUGGUGUGUCUUGCAUUGUUUCUUUCUCUCAGUGGUGUGUCUUGCAUCGUUUCUUUCUCUCAGUGGUGUGUCUUGCAUUGUUUCUUUCUCUCAGUGGUGUGUCUUGCAUCGUUUCUUUCUCUCAGUGGUGUGUCUUGCAUCGUUUCUUUUUCUCAGUGGUGUGUCUUGCAUUGUUUCUUUCUCACAGUGGUGUGUCUUGCAUUGUUUCUUUCUCUCAGUGGUGUGUCUUGCAUUGUUUCUUUCUCUCAGUGGUGUGUCUUGCAUCGUUUCUUUCUCUCAGUGGUGUGUCUUGCAUUGUUUCUUUCUCUCAGUGGUGUGUCUUGCAUCGUUUCUUUCUCUCAGUGGUGUGUCUUGCAUUGUUUCUUUCUCUCAGUGGUGUGUCUUGCAUUGUUUCUUUCUCUCAGUGGUGUGUCUUGCAUUGUUUCUUUCUCUCAGAGGUGUGUCUUGCAUUGUUUCUUUCUCUCAGUGGUGUGUCUUGCAUCGUUUCUUUCUCUCAGUGGUGUGUCUUGCAUUGUUUCUUUCUCUCAGUGGUGUGUCUUGCAUUGUUUCUUUCUCUCAGUGGUGUGUCUUGCAUCGUUUCUUUCUCUCAGUGGUGUGUCUUGCAUUGUUUCUUUCUCUCAGUGGUGUGUCUUGCAUCGUUUCUUUCUCUCAGUGGUGUGUCUUGCAUUGUUUCUUUCUCUCAGUGGUGUGUCUUGCAUUGUUUCUUUCUCUCAGUGGUGUGUCUUGCAUCGUUUCUUUCUCUCAGUGGUGUGUCUUGCAUUGUUUCUUUCUCUCAGUGGUGUGUCUUGCAUUGUUUCUUUCUCUCAGUGGUGUGUCUUGCAUUGUUUCUUUAUCUCAGUGGUGUGUCUUGCAUUGUUUAUUUCUCUUAUUGUUGUGUCUUGCAAUGUUUCUUUCUCUCAUUGUUGUGUCUUGCAAUGUUUCUUUCUCUCAUUGUUGUGUCUUGCAAUGUUUCUUUCUCUCAUUGUUGUCUCUUGCAAUGUUUCUUUCUCUCAGUGGUGUUUUCUGCAUUGUUUCUUUCUCUCAUUGUUGUGUCUUGCAAUGUUUCUUUCUCUCACUGUGGUGUCUUGCAAUUUUUCUUUCUCUCAGUGCGCCUAUCCAUCUUACACCUGUUACUCUUUCAUUCAUCUUCUUUCAACCUUUCUAUGCAACUCGGUCUCAUUUUCAGUUGAUAUUUUUUUUUUGUUCUCUGACGCUUUACUUCAAUUCAGGGCUUCCAUCCUUUCUUUCUCCCGCCUAUCUAUUUAUCAGCCAUUGCUGUCCUAACACUCUACAAAGUAGCAGAAAAUCUAUCUAUCUAUCUAUCUAUCUAUCUAUCUAUUAUAAUUUAAUAAUUUAUCUACCAAUGGAACCGUCGUUCAUUCUUUCUUUCAUCCACAAUAUCUAUCAUAAUUCUUUCGUUUUAAUUUCCUUAAACUAUCUCACCGGAGUGGGUGUUUAUAUAUCUAUCUCUGUCGAACGUCUCAUUCCAAAGCUUGCAAAGAAAGUGCAACAGAAUAUCUAUCUAUCUAUCUAUCUAUCUAUCUAUCUAUCUAUCUAUCUAUCUAUCUAUCUAUCUCACUUUGUUCGCUAUCUAUCUAUCUAUCUAUCUAGCUUGCUAGCUAUCUCAUUUUAUUCACUAUUCUAUUUACAUAACUCUUUUUCAUUUCUAUAUAUGUAUCUAUCUGCACUUAUAAUAAUCUAUCUAUAA